GCCCAUCAAACGAGUAUCCAUCAUGCUGUGAAUUCCAGUGGCUUCAAUGAGCCACAUCGAGUAUAAGCCACAAUUACUUCUAGCAAAACCAACAAUCUCCGGUUAGUAGAGAGCAUCCGGGAACAAUCGCAGUCCACCUCCCCCACUGGAGAGCGUAGGUAGGAAGAUGCUCCAUUCCCAUCCCGCUCGGCGCUUGACAGCGAGCAUCAUCAGCAGAGGAGCCAAACCGUCGACGGCAUGAUGCUACGGUGGCCUAAAUUAGGGCUCACUCGGCCCUACUACAAGUAUCUAUGGCGCUGCUGGCUGCUAGUCGGCCUGGUACUGCUUCAGCGCAUCAGCUACGGACGGAUGGAGGAAAUUCUUCAGCUGCGGAGUAGCGGACGAGGGUCCACCGGUGGAAGCGGGACGCAACAUCAUCAGCAGCAGCAGCGGCAACAGUUGGAAGAACAAGAACUUUUUUCCUCGUCGUCUUCCUCGAACGAGAUUGAAUGUCCAAGCUUUGCCGAGAAUUCGGCCUGUCCGUGCUACAAGUUUGAGGACGGACUGUUCCUCGAGUGUCCCAGCAUCACUGCGGUGGCACUGCGCUCGACGCUGCAGCUCAUCUCGUCGCCGAUCCAGUCGUUGUCCGUGUACGAGUUUGACCGUUCGGUCAAAUCCCUUACCGCGGAUCUGUUUGCCUCGACCUCGUCGCAUGCCUCGGCACACACGUCCACGUUCCUCGGUGGUGCAAGCGGUGGAAGCAGCUCCAGCACCGGUAACGACGUCAACAUCCGGCAUCUUCAGUUCUCCCAUUCCAACCUGCAGCAGCUGAAGGAGAACAGUUUGAAUAAUUUACGAACGCACUUAGAGAGUUUAAGUAUUGUAAAUGGAAAAUUGACACAAGUGCCCACGAAAGCGCUCGCCGGCAUGAAGAAGCUGAUGGUCCUGGAUUUUGAGCAGAACGAAAUCUCCGCCAUCGAGGAGUACGCCUUCUACGGCUUGCACGUGGUGAAGCUGAACAUGAAGGGCAACCGGCUGGAGCGCAUUCCGGAAACUGGUUUUGUCGGCCUGGAGGAUUCCCUCGCCGAGCUGGAUCUCUCGGAGAACCGGCUGAAGCAGUUUCCGACGUCGGCGUUGAAGCGGCUGGAAAAUCUCCGCCAGGUGCGACUCGCGAUGAACGAGAUUAACUCGCUGGAGCAGGACGAUAGUUAUACGCGGUUUGGGUCGUUGGUGUUCCUCGAUUUGAGUGUGAACAAUUUCGUGGAACUGUACAGUGAUGUGUUUGGGGCGUUUCCGUAUGUGAAGACACUGUCGUUGUAUAAUAACUUCAUCGAGCUGGUGCAUCGGGAUAGUUUUGUGUCGCUGAAGGAGCUGCAGUCGCUGGAUCUGAGCCAUAACCGGAUUGUGUUUGUGGAUGCGGAAGUGUUCGCGGCCAACCGGAAGCUGCACACGGUCGAUCUGAGCCACAAUCACAUACACUACGUGAGCGGGGUGUUUAGCAAUUUGCCUCUGUUGAGGGAGAUUUUCCUGAGUGAGAAUAAUAUCCUGGAACUGACGGAUGAUUGUUUUAGCAAUUCAAGUAGCAUUAAGGUUAUUUAUUUAGAGAAUAAUUCAAUUCAACGGCUCGACGCCGAGGCGCUGUCGAGUUUGUUCAGCCUGGAGCAGCUGUAUCUGAGCGGCAACCACAUCCGGCGGGUCCCGAUGGGAUUGUUCGAGAUGACCGGUAAGCUGCAGUCGCUGAGCUUGGAUAAUAAUUUGAUCAGCGAGCUGGAUGUGCGGGUUUUCAGGCGGUUACUCAAUCUGCGUGAGAUUCGGCUGAACGGCAACCAGAUUCGGGUGAUUCAGGAGCAGUUGUUUGGGACGCUGGGCGCCCUAAUGGAGCUACAUUUGCAAAAUAAUGCUAUUAGGGUGAUUGAGAGGAACGCUUUCAAGAAUUGCCAGCUGCUCCAAUAUAUCAAUUUGCAGGAGAAUGCAUUGGAUGAGAUUGAUAUAAUGUUCUACUACUCGACUGAGACGUCGGCCAAUCACCUGCAACAGCCUUUGACGGCACGGGGAAAGCUGAUAACGGCCAAGACCGGUGGUAGCGAUGCGUCAAUGUUCGGAGAAGUGGAUUCGGUGGCAUCGUCAGCGUUAAUUUCCAUUCAGUUGAACUCCAAUGCUCUCAAGUACCUCCACGAGAGGUCUUUCCAAGGUCAGAGCAGCGUGCAAACGAUAUGGCUGGAGAACAACCAACUCAACAGUUUGGAUAAGGAAUUGUUUGUAGACCUGGUACAACUGGAGAGGCUAUAUCUGAAGAACAAUUCCAUAUCUAGCAUCGAUCCCAACGCGUUCAACUCGCUUCGAAGGCUUAGGUUUCUAGAUCUGAGCCUGAACAGAUUAACCAGCUUGAACGAAAAACUGUUCAAGAACAUGGUGGAGCUAGACGAGCUAUUGAUAAGCAAGAAUCAGCUGCAAAAGUUACCAUCCAAUGUAUUUGGAUCUCUUCAGAAGCUACGAGUAUUAGACCUUAGCCAUAAUCCCAUAGGGAUCUUGGAAUCCGACGUAUUUCACCAGAAUUUCUCCGUCAGUGUGAUAAACCUCAAAGGCUGUGAACUAACUCGCAUAGAAUCAGAUGCUUUCAAAGGUCUCCAGAACCUCAACGAGUUGAACCUUGACGACAACCAUCUAAGGUCAGAAGACAUCAAACAAAUUGACGCCAGCUCCCUAAGAACCCUCCGGUUAGCGUCCAACAACUUUACCAUAGUCCGAGAGAACACACUGGAGCGAUUACCUUCGCUGCAAGUACUAGUCCUGGAACGCUGUUCCAUCCGAGAUCUACCGUACCCACUGCUGAGCAAGAACAACAACCUGGUCAAGUUGGAUCUGAGCCACAACCUCCUGCGUACUUUGAAACGAACCAUCUUCAACAACCUCAACGUCUUCAAGGAACUUCGUCUCCAAAACAACAGCAUCAACGAUUUCCCCCACAUAGCCUUAUCCAACAUUUCAACCCUGGAGACCCUCGUCCUAUCCCAAAAUCAGCUAACCAACGUCGAUUUCUUCAAACUCCACGGCCUGCCAAACCUUCGCCACCUGGACCUCCAGGACAACACCAUCUCAUCCCUAACCGGGUUCAACACGGCCACCCUCCCCCACUUGGACAUGAUCAAUCUCAGCGGAAACCUACUCCUAGCCCUCCCCGAGAACUUCUUCAAACACUCGAUCAGUCUCCAACGAAUCGACCUCUCCUGCAACCGCUUCAGACAAAUCCCAAACACAGCCCUCUCAGAAUUCUCCCUCGCUCGCCUAGCAUGGCUCAACCUAACCGGAAACCCGCUCCAGCGAAUCCACCACACCAUGACCACGGACAUCGACCAGCGUCGCUUCCCCUUCCUCAAGGAACUCCACAUCAGCCAAACCAAUCUGACCAUCCUGACCAGCAAGGACUUCGACAUCUACCCGGCCCUUCAACGGCUCUACCUGGUCCAAAACCGAAUCAACCGCGUCUCGCCAGGAGCCUUCGUUGCCCUGUCCAACCUCCAGAUCCUCGAUCUGAGCGUCAACGAAAUCGAAAUGCUCCCGAAGGAGCGCCUGCAAGGCCUCCGUCUCCUAGAAAUCCUCAACAUCUCCAACAACAACAUCAAGGAGCUGGACGAGUUCACGGACGAUCUGCAGCGGCUGAAAGUGCUGGACAUCUCGUCCAACCAGCUGGAGCGCAUCCAAAAGAACACCCUGAGGCACCUGGUGGCGCUGCAGGAACUCUACCUGAAUGGAAACCGGAUACGGAGCAUCUCGUCGGAUGCGUUCCGGACGCUGCGGGCACUGGUCACGUUGGACCUGCGGAAGAACUUCUUCGAGGAUGUGCCGUUGCGAGCGCUGAAGCCACUGGAGACGCACCUGAAGCAGCUGCGAUUGGAAGAGAACCAUCUGAACUGUUCGUGUGACACGCAGGAGCUGUGGGAGUGGUUGAGUGACCACCGGAAAUGGACCAGCGAAAACGUACGGUGCGAGCAGCCGGCCGAAGUGCACGGGAAAAGUUUGCUGGCCAUGGAACCGUUGGAGUUCUGUGACGUGCCGAUGAUACUGAAGAUCGCCAUCCAGGAUAUUCAGCCGUACUCGGUGCUGGUGUCGUGGCAGAGUCGGGAGCAUUCCGGGCUGCAUGGGUACCACGUGAUAUUCCACUCGCUGGAUACGGUGGAGGAUUUUCGUGGAAAAACGCUGAACCGACUGGCAAAUUCCGCCAAAUUGGAUCGCCUGUCAUCGAACACGCGCUAUUUGAUUUGCGUGCUGGGCCUGGGCAACUGGCUCUCGUCCCAGAACGACAUCCACAGCCUACUGAACCAAUCGAACCAGAUCCAGAACCAGGUUUUAAAUAAUCAAAACGGUUUUAUGGCGGGCGAGCUGGAUACGUCCUUCUCGAACACGCUGCUGUCGCUGAUGAUGGACACUCCGACGUCCAAGUGCACCGAAGUGCGAACGCUGGACUCGAUUGGACCGAACCCGCUGGCCGAGGUCGACGGAAUCUCCAGCCAGGGAAUUAUUCAUUCGAUUUUAACCCGUCGACUGGGUUUGAUCGUCGGCUGCUGCCUGGGGAUAAUCGUGUUCAUUGUCCUGGUUUCGGUCCUGGGCUACCUGAAAAUCAAAAAGCAGAGGUUGGAUGCGGCCAAGCGGCAGCAGCAACCAAUGGCACCGGAAUUCAUCUCGUACCGACAUUUCUCCAUCCCGAACGAUGAGCACGGACGAGAUGGGGUGGCUGGUGCCGGUGGAGGAGGAGGGACGAAUAGCUUCCUGCAUAAUAAUCAUCACCAUCAACAUAACCAUCAUAACCAGCAGCCGGUCACGACGGUUGAUGGACAUCCGAGCUUUAUAUCCGGGGCGGUGCUGGGAACGACCACGACCCUCAACGGAGGCGGAUCCGUCCCGGGGGCCGAGGAGCGCAAGAAGAUUUAUAUCGAUAGUUGAAAACAGUGAAAGAAGGACCACCUGCAAGAAAAUGUCAAGCUUUGUCAAUUAGGUUGUUGAUUCUGCCAUCUUGUUUUUUUUUCUGGUCUUUUUUAUACAAACACACAGACGCAAAUCUCUAGUCAACUAGAUUAGGGGAUUUUCUUUUACUAUAGUACGAGUUUGGGCCGAAGGGUCUUAGUUUUUCAUGAAACUUUUACCACAAGUAUGGUUAACAACAAAAUAUAUUAAAAAUGACAAAAAAAUAUACUAAAAAUUGAAAUCUUGCGGCAAAAGUUUCAUUAUAUUCUAAUACCCUUUGGCUCAACUUGUACGAUGAUAAAGAAAUCCCAUCAACAAAAACGGUUCUGCUUCCUCCUACAAACAAAAACAAAAAACUUCUAGCAAAAUGACAUCCGGUUCCAACAGAUGGAAACCUCACGGGGACUGAACAACGAGCAAAAUGCAACACUUACGAAAACAUACCUACAAAUAUAAAUCAAAACAAGAAACCGAAGAAAAAUGGAAAAUCAAAGUAGAAGCAAACAUUCACAUAAAUAUUUAGCGAAGAAAUCAAAAGUGUUAAUGAGCUACAAACAAACCGAAUCGCGUGCGCGGGGGUGAGCGACCCAAGCAAGCGGCGACCGACCGAAGGAACGAAGCGAACCAGCAAAACGCUGUAAAUCAAAGUAGGCGUCGAAGCGUGUACACUACCGAGGCGGUCGGGCGGCGCAGACAGUGAAGGUGUCAAAUUUGUGUAAAUAGCUUGUCGGUCGUUAAGAUGGCACGCGGGAAUGAAAGAACGUGACGACGCGCGGCAAAGGGAAUCGGAAGAAGUCAUUCCUGUAAAUAACGGACGGGGAAGAGGAACGGGAAGGGUACGAAUCGAAAUUUUGAAACUGGGAAAGCGCAAGGAAGACGACCGAAAUGGCCCGAUCCGAAGUUUGAUGAUACAACAAGAACAAGUGAAAACAAACAACUGGAUGCGGCGAUGGUGGUGGUGGUGGUGGUGGAAGAGGAUGGACGACGAUGACGAUGGUAGGUGAGUAAAUUUUAAAUUUUCCUAGCGCAACAGCAGGCCAUGAAGUUGGGAGUGAAUUAAGUUUCGGGGUGGAAAAGUUCAGUCGAAGCUAUGAUCAGGGUUGCCAAAGACGAC